GUACAGUCCAGAGUGUAGGCAUUGAGCUCAUUGAGUAGCGGACAAUUGCAGUGAGUAUCACCAUCAGUACCACAACGGCACGCCAAGCCCCGGUGCUCAGACCGACCGACCUCCCCACAGAAAAUCGGCCACAGUCAUUCCCUGCCAGCCAUGAAACAGACUCUGCUCGAGCUGAUGAGGAUGAGCAGAAUAUGCCGGAUGGUACUCGCCACUUGUUUGGGAUCUUUUAUUCUGGUCAUCUUUUAUUUCCAAAGUAUGUUCCAACCAGUCAUGCGGAGGAACCAGUUUGCGGCGGACGUGUGCUGUAGGAAAGGCUCCCGCAACGCACUGCAGGAACUCUACAACCCCACACAGUCUGAGUUUUCCAGUGCCACCAUCCUCCACCAGGCCAGGAGAGACCAUGUAGCUGAGUCAUGUCGGGCCCAGAGUGCAUCCAGCCGCAAGCGCCGGGUCCUGACCCCCGGUGACCUCAAACACCUGGUGGUGGAUGAGGAGCAUGAGCUCAUCUACUGCUAUGUCCCCAAGGUGGCCUGCAGCAACUGGAAACGUGUCAUGAUGGUCCUCACGGGACGCGGCAAGUACAGUGACCCUAUGGAGAUCCCUUCCAACGAGGCCCACGUGCCGUCCAACCUGAAAUAUCUGAACCAGUACAGCAUCGCUGAAAUCAACCACCGCCUCAAGAGCUACCUCAAGUUCCUGUUCGUCCGGGAGCCUUUCGAGAGGCUCGUCUCCGCUUACCGCAACAAGUUCACCCUCAAGUACAACUCCUCCUUCCACCGCCGCUUCGGCACCAAGAUCGUCCGCCGCUACCGGAAGGACGCCACGCAGGAGGCGCUGCUCAACGGCGCCGACGUCAAGUUCCGGGAGUUCGCUGAGUAUCUUGUCGACCCGGCCACCCAACGCGACGGCCCGCUUAACGAGCACUGGCAGACGGUGUACCAGUUGUGCCACCCCUGUCACAUCCACUAUGACCUGGUGGGCAAGUACGAAACACUGGAGGAAGACGCCAACUACGUUCUGCGGCUGGCGGGGGUGGGCGAAUCGCUGCGCUUCCCGACCUACGCCAAGUCCACCCGCACCACAGACAGCAUGACGGCCCAGUUCUUCAGCAACAUCACCUCCCAGCAGCACAGCCAGCUCUUCCAGCUGUAUAAAUUGGACUUCCUCAUGUUCAACUAUUCCAUGCCAAGCUAUCUGCGACUGGACUAACGACUAGAGGACCAGGACAUGACUAGCCAGCUGGGACUCUGGGCACGAUCCACUUUUAUUAAGAGAAGAACAUAAGAACUGAGUGAAAGUGGAGAACAGAUAUUUUUGCAGAAGCUUUAUUCAAAAACUGUCGUCGCUGUUCCUGUGGGGUGAACAGGAAGGACUGAGGGGAAUGGGAGGGACAGAGAUUGAGGAAAGUUGCUGGAUCCGAUUUGACGUGAAAGAUUCUUGGUUCUCCAAUCAGCAUUGUCCUGAAGGUGGUAAAGGAGGAAGUGGAGAUCCUAUAGCAUCAGAAUGCAGGGUUCGGGUGGAGCUGAUGUCAGAGGUUUUCUAAGAAGGGACAUAGAGGAGAGAAGCAGGACUCCUGGAGAGUGAUCGAUAUGUGUUCUGUAUGUACAUGAGGUGGGACUCUUGACCAAUUAGUCUGCUAUGGAAUCUGCAUAGCAAACGGUGGCCUCGCAUGCACGUGCCCUGGCCCCAAAGCAUCAUGGGAGCUGAUCUUAUUUUAUAACUAACAAUAGCGAAACUCCGUCAAAUUGUAAAACACAUCCAUGUCCUUCAGUGUGCUGUAUCCUGGGUGUGUUUGAUACGCCCACCAAUUAUACAUUUGAUAAGUAAACUGGCUCUUGGCUCCACCACAAGCCCUCCUCAUUAUAGCUGGCUAUUGACUUUGCUUUAAAGACCUCUAGAACCAUUAGGCGUAAACAGUGGAGCUACAAUUUACAGCCAACUGCUCUAAAGUUGUAGCUAUGCUGUCAAGAUCGCCAUCGUCAUAGGUGAAAAACCUCCUGAAUCCUAAGGUUUGCCAGGUGAGGCCUCAGACUCCCAUGUCAAGAUCUGAAAAGGCGGCCAUUUUAGAAAGACGCUGAGCACCCUCGAGGCUUUGAGCCACAGGAAGUGGUCAGAAGGAAUGAUUGACAGGUGUUAGGUGCCUCCCACUGACCCAGAGAGGAACUGUAGAAGAGAUGGCCCGUGUGGCUGUGAAAGUGUUUAAGGGACAGGAUCUCAUAAAUCCGCCCACACCACACCCCAAAACCAGGCAGGGCCAUAACCCUGCCUACGGGCCAUGCCCAUUACCCCCCUCUUCAACGAGCAAUGUCUCGGUUUUAAUGUCUGAUGAAAACUUUGCUGCGAGCAGCAAUAAAAAAUAUUAUUUAAAUUACUUUUACUGUCAGGGGGUGGGUGGGGUGGAUGAGAGAGAGGAAGAUUUUAACAUUUUUAUUCUUGGCAGAUUAACAUUUUAGUUGAUUUAAAAAUAAUAAGAUUUUCAUCAAGAUUUAAAAAAAAAAGUUUUUCAUGUUUUUUUGUCCUGAGUUGCCUCCGGUACACUGUUAAUGAUAACAUUUGAAUGGUCUUCCCUUUUCCCGAAGGGCGUACAAUACAAUAAAGUUAAGUCCAUGACUUUGGUUUCUCUGUGCGUGAGAGCUGGGACUUCCCAUGGGAUUUAGAGUUAUUCCCUCUCUCCCCCUUUGUCAACUGAGUCUGGUGCCAAAGGGUUGGAACACUGCCAAUGGCAGAAAGGGACAGUCAACUCAAUUCUUAUCAGUACUUUUCAGGAAAACAUCCAAUAAUUUACAAAACAUUUACAAUCCUGUGAUUGAAAUGAAACUAUAGCAUGAUAAACGUAUUCUACAUACAUAUCUACAUCUACAGUGCAGACUACUGCUCAGAAUCAGAAACAACAGCAGUGGUUGCCUUGAUAAUGAUCGGGGUGGGCGAUGGAGGGAGAGAGAAGACAACUUAAUUAGCCAAGCUGGGAGGGAGGGAGUUCUCUUUAUUCUUUACACCCCUUUGUCAUUCUUCCUCCACUCAGACUUCAAAGAGAGAGGGACGUUAAUUGGGAAAGUUGUGUAUUUUUAUGUUGCUAGGUCUGAGCAGAAGUAACAGCAGCACAGAAGAAAUGAUCACUACUAUAUUCAUCUGUCCCUCUGGCCGUUAGUUUAGACAGACGUGGUGACUAAUGACAAGCUCACCUAAUUUUGUCUUAGCUUCUAAAAUAUUGGUGGCAGUUGUGUGUGUUUGCACGUAUGUGUUGUUAUAAUUAGCAACUGGUUUAGAGGAACAAGGCCCUUCACAUCUGGCUCUGAUAAAGAGGAAGGCUACUGGUUAGGAGGAACAAGGCCCUUCACAUCUGGCUCUGAUAAAGAGGAAGGCUACUGGUUUGGAGGAACAAGGCCCUUCACAUCUGGCUCUGAUAAAGAGGAAGGCUACUGGUUUGGAGGAACAAGGCCCUUCACAUCGCGCUCUGAUAAAGAGGAAGGCUGCUGGUUUGGAGGAACAAGGCCCUUCACAUCUGGCUCUGAUAAAGAGGAAGGCUACUGGUUUGGAGGAACAAGGCCCUUCACAUCUGGCUCUGAUAAAGAGGAAGGCUACUGGUUUGGAGGAACAAGGCCCUUCACAUCUGGCUCUGAUAAAGAGGAAGGCUACUGGUUUGGAGGAACAAGGCCCUUCACAUAGCGCUCUGAUAAAGAGGAAGGCUACUGGUUUGGAGGAACAAGGCCCUUCACAUCUGGCUCUGAUAAAGAGGAAGGCUGCUGGUUUGGAGGAACAAGGCCCUUCACAUCUGGCUCUGAUAAAGAGGAAGGCUACUGGUUUGGAGGAACAAGGCCCUUCACAUCUGGCUCUGAUAAAGAGGAAGGCUACUGGUUUGGAGGAACAAGGCCCUUCACAUAGCGCUCUGAUAAAGAGGAAGGCUGCUGGUUUGGAGGAACAAGGCCCUUCACAUCUGGCUCUGAUAAAGAGGAAGGCUGCUGGUUUGGCCUACAUCUCCGACCCCAUCCACUUACAGAAACAAUGAGAGCAUUCUGAGCUCUCCCUCCACACACACACACACACACACACACACACACACACACACACACACACACACACACACACACACACACACACACACACACACACACACACACACACACACACACACACACACACACACACACACACACACACUGAUGUUGAUGCCACGCAGCCUCUUACUCAGCAGCUGUACUCUAGUGAGGGUUGGUAAGUGAGGUACGGAGGGAGAGGGGGGUGGACAUUUAAAUACACCACACACUCAGCUUAUCUCUAACUGCCUAUUUAACCUCCAAAAUGAGACACUUUACUCAAAGGCUUCACAACUCUGCAAACAGUUAUGGAGUCCUCUCCUCUUUACUCCAACCUCUCUCUCAAAAUGGCCCCAUAUAAAAACAGAAGUGGGUUUUUGGACAGUGGCAGUGAUCUCUACCCUCACAACAGGAAAAGGACAGGCUUCUUAUACAAACAGAGCUGUUAAAAUCCCACAGAAGCCCAGCCUAACGAUCCCUAUGGAAAUACUGACCUGAUUCCCCAAUAUAUAUAUAUUCUCCAUUCUUAUUCCAUCUCCUAGCUCACUCUACCUAUAAAUCCACCUGAAUCCAAUUCUGACAUGUCCAUUUAGUGUUCUUGUGCUGUAUAUGUAUUUAUUGACAAGUGUACGGGUAUAUUUAUGUUGUUGGAGAACGACGUCUAUUGUUGGACUGAAUUACAUAUUUACUGUGUUGCUAAAUGCAGAAGCACAGGAAGUGCACGCUCCUCUGCACAUACGUGAACAUAUCCACUCUGGGGCCGGGGGUUUCUAGCCAGAGAUAAGCAAUUUUUUUGUGAAUUAUGGUUUUAUCUUUCUGUCUAUGAGAUAUUCUUAUUCAAUCAGUCUCUGUGCAACAGUGAAAACCUCCCCAUACUGCCAAGGAAACUUCCUUUGUGUUACACAUAAAGGGGUCCCCAUGAUGUUUCCUGCUGUUACGAAUUAGCCCUUUGGUACCAACUCACAGACCAUGAGGCGUUUCAGAAAUCUUGCCAACUGUUGAAAUCACUGGAAGGUGGUUAGUGCAGAUCUCCCACUCAAACUGCAUUGAAACCAAAGCCUGGAAUGGUAAUAGAGCUUUUUCCUUUUCUGUUGUAUUCCUCUUGUCAGCAACACUCCACAGCAGCUUCCACACUUUUCAUUGACCUCAUAGAAGUAUAACAUAUAGAUAGAACACAGUUUCUUAGAUAUGACCUGCAGCAUACGUGUGUUGAAUGGAACCAUGAUAAUUUUGUUUAUUUCAAUGAUUAUGUCCAAUCCAUUCUAUGGUUGCCUCCUACAUAGCCUACAGUACAUGACCACAGGGCACUCCAGUCACCACAGACAGUACCUUUUUAUGCUGAAAUGAUCUGUGCCUUUUCAUUCCUCUCAUCGGAGCACUUUACUGUCAUCUGAUUGGUCAGUCCACAAACACACACUCUCCCUCUUCAAUUGUCAGGUGAAUGUUGUAAUACAGCAUCCCACACACUAACACAGAUCACCUGUAGAGAGACUCAUGUGACCACAUCAAGAGGAUUUUCAAAUAGAGGGUUUUUGAAAUGCUUGCUCUGCUCAGAUCUUCCCUCCUCUCCUAAGCCUUCAGAUACAGGAUGGUUUUCUAUGGCUCUGUGUUGCUCAGAGGUUGUACGUACCCCCUUCAAAUCCACACUUCAACCCUCAGAUCUCUGUGUGCUAGUUUCAGUGUUCUCAUCUGUUGCCAGAUGGUGAGUGUGUGUUCACUUAAAUCAAUGUUGUUGAGAGUCUAGGCUGGUUACUCUGCUGUUAGAUACCAUGUCAUACGGCCGGCUUGUGUCGGAGAGGUCUGUACCAAUGAGUGUGUAUCUGAGCUGUGUGUGUGUGUGUGUAUAUAUAUAUAUAUAUGCACACACUGCUCAAAAAAAUAAAGGGAACACUAAAAUAACACAUCCUAGAUCUGAAUGAAUGAAAUAUUCUUAUUAAAUACUUUUUUCUUUACAUAGUUGAAUGUGCUGACAACAAAAUCACACAACUAUCAAUGGAAAUCAAAUGUAUCAACCCAUGGAGGUCUGGAUUUGGAGUCACACUCAAAAUUAAAGUGGAAAACCACACUACAGGCUGAUCCAACUUUGAUGUAAUGUCCUUAAAACAAGUCCAAAUGAGGCUCAGUAGUGUGUGUGGCCUCCACGUGCCUGUAUGACCUCCCUACAAUGCCUGGGCAUGCUCCUGAUGAGGUGGCGGAUGGUCUCCUAAGGGAUCUCCUCCCAGACCUGGACUAAAACAUCCGCCAACUCCUGGACAGUCUGUGGUGCAAUGGAUGGAACGAGACAUGAUGUCCCAGAUGUGCUCAAUUGGAUUCAGGUAUGGGGAACGGGCGAGCCAGUCCAUAGCAUCAAUGCCUUCCUCUUGCAGGAACUGCUGACACACUCCAGCCACAUGAGGUCUAGCAUUGUCUUGCAUUAGGAGGAACCCAGGGCCAACCGCACACCACACUCAUCUCGGUACCUAAUGGCAGUCAGGCUACCUCUGGCGAGCACAUGGAGGGCUGUGCGGCCCCCCAAAGAAAUGCCACCCCACACCAUGACUGACCCACCGCCAAACCGAUCAUGCUGGAGGAUGUUGCAGGCAGCAGAAUGUUUUCCACGGGGUCUCCAGACUCUGAGCACGUGACAGACGUGACAGUGUGAACCUGCUUUCAUCUGUGAAGAGCACAGGGCGCCAGUGGCGAAUUCUCUGGCAAAUGCCAAACGUCCUGCACCGUGUUGGGCUGUAAGCACAACCCCCACCUGUGGACAUCGGGCCCUCAUACCACCGUCAUGGAGUCUGUUUCUGACCGUUUGAGCAGACACAUGCACAUUUGUGGCCUGCUGGAGGUCAUUUUGCAGGGCUCUGGCAGUGUUCCUCCUUGCACUGCGGAGGUAGCGGUCCUGCUGCUGGUUGUUGCCCUCCUACGGCCUCCUCCACGUCUCCUGAUGUACUGGCUUGUCUCCUGGUAGCGCCUCCAUGCUUUGGACACUAUGCUGACAGACACAGCAAAUCUUCUUGCCACAGCUCGCAUUGAUGUGCCAUCCUGGAUGAGCUGCACUACCUAAGCCACUUGUGUGGGUUGUAGACUCCGUCACAUGCUACCACUAGAGUGAAAGCACCGCCAGCAUUCAAAAGUGACCAAAACAUCAGCCAGGAAGCAUAGGAACUGAGAAGUGGUCUGUGGAUCAAACCUGCAGAACCACUCCUUUAUUGGGGGUGUCUUGCUAAUUGCCUAUAAUUUCCACCUGUUGUCUAUUCCAUUUGCACAACAGGAUGUGAAAUUUAUUGUCAAUCAGUGUUGCUUCCUAAGUGGACAGUUUGAUUUCACAGAAGUGUGAUUGACUUGGAGUUACAUUGUGUUGUUUAAGUGUUCCCUUUAUUUUUUUGAGCAGUGUAUAUUGGAGGUCGCUCUGUACUGUACCUGCUCUGCCUUAGAGUAACUCCAGGAACUCAAACAGGCUACGUUGUAUUUAUUUAUUCAUUCACCAACGACUACCCAUAACAUUCCUCAUGGUGGUCUCCAUGGCAACACACCUGGACUUUUCUCACGGGGCAGAAUGUCGGUUCAUCAUCAAGGCCCUCUCACCUGAAACAUGAAUAAUUUAAUAUAUUGACUGCAGGUAGUGGGAGAGGAGUUGUGAUUCCCCAGCAGUGUUCAUUCUGUCUGAUGUUUUCACAAUAAAACGCCUCAGAAACUCAAA